AUGCGAAGACGAAGACGAUGUGAAUGGUUUCUUGUGGUGAUCUCUAGCCUCUUGUUUCUUACGCUGUUCAUUGAUCCAAUUAAUGGCCAAAAUGCAUCAGGAAUUCCAGUACCAGAAGAUACAACGGAAGCAGAUAAUUGUUCCGUCUGUUGUAUGACAACAACGUCACCUGCAGCUACUGCAAGUGCAAUGUUAGCAGGAGGUGAUCCCGAGUUAUCAUUAAUUUGUUGCAAUGACGAACAACCACGUAACCUCUUUGGCACAAUCAAUGGUGAAUGUAGUGGUUUGCCAUGUUGUGAAUAUAGUGGACGGAAAGCACAGAAUCGUCAAGCGUGGUACCCGUGUGUUACUUUUCCCACGUGUCAAGAUGACUCAAAUAAACGAGAAUUCUGUAAUGCACAAGACCUUUGGUAUUACACUGAAGGUGAAAACUGGUCAUGUACGGAUGAAUGCUGCUAUGGACUUGUCUUGGACUCAAAUGUCUGGCGUGGCGUUGAGAAGAAUUAUCCCGGACAGACGAACGGGACUUUUGGUGUGACUAUUACACCGACCGACUUUUUAAAUAUCGUCUACCCCAAAGGUAUGGAUGGUCAGAUUUAUACAGUACAUCAGAUUAUGCUAGCUAGUCCUCGAGGCUAUAAUUUUACAGAGGGGUGCUCGUGUUACUUGGAACGGGCACCGAAUUUGGAUACCAGUGCUCAACGUCAGAGCACAACCUGCCAGGUAUCGAGAUUCUUAGAUGACAGCAGAAUGUACUUGACGGUGGAUAUUACUCAAGAAUAUCAGACAAACGAUACAUUUAUGUUUGUUUUUGAUGGCGUGGUGACACCAUCUGGACUGAAUGACAGCGAUAGCUUUACAACCAAUAUAACGUACACAACGGCCACGAAUCUCGCACCAGUGUACUUUAUCUUCAACGACACGGAAAAUACGGUCUUUAACACGUAUGUGCGUGUCACGGACUUGAUGAGCGCCACCCUUUCAAGUGGCUCGUUUCUUCCGGAAAAUGUUUACCCAGGCAAUGUGGGCAACGCCAGUCUCACAUUCUACACGGAUGCCAACAUUCCGAAGGGUAGCUUCAUCACAAUGACGUUUGGCUUGAAAUGGGAAUUUAUUGCUGACGCUGUGUGGUCCUGGCAGGUUUACCCGCUUGUAAGCUUGACCGAAGAAGACCGUUUUUCAUUGGUAACAGCUGCUACAACAGAGACAGCGAAUGAUAAGCCCAAAAACUUUUCGUCAACGUCGUACUCAUAUUCAGAGAAUUCGUGGACACUAAUUGUCGAAGAACCAAUCUCGAUUGGCUGGGUUCGUCUCAAUGUAGACACAGUGAGAAACCCCUCAGUAGCAUCUUCCGGAUUGGACGCGGCUUCGAUCGAAAUUCGUAACCCCGAAGAUUUGUUGAUUAUUAGUGGAACAUUCUCAGCCAUUUCGGUGUAUCUAACAUCAGGCGCUACUGCGAGCCCGUACAAUUACGUGACUAUGGUCGUACUCGUCGGGUCUCUAGCGUUUUGCAGUGUGGCAAUUCGUAAAAACGGUCUCUCAUUCUCUCUGGGCUCUAUUUGGACCGAUAUUACUGCUAUUUGUACUGUGCUGGCAUUGGCGACAGCCAUUGUAAACAACUUUAUCUGGUUUUUCACUCAUGGCAGCAUUUAUUUUUAUAUCAUGCACGCGUACCUGUGCAUCACGUUCACGAUGCUCACAGCAGUGUGCUUUCAUUGGGGAACAGUGCUUAGUUUACGCUUACGAAAGCUGCCGAAGCGUACUGCAUCAGUAGCGUUCGUGGUGCUGAACGUGCUCUUUUACGCAUUCCAGAUUGGCUAUUUACUCAGCUACCAGACAUUGAUCUCGCGUGUCUAUGACUCGGAGAACGAUAUCACAACGCUUGCGUAUCAGCAGUGCAAUGAAAACGUGGAAAUGUCUGCCACUGUAUUCUCUGAGAUUCAGGGUUAUCUGUGGGCAUGCUACGCCGAAAACGAUGAUAACUUCUUUCUGGUUUUAACAUCAGUCACGUACGGAAUUUUCCUUGUGCUGACAUUUGUAGUCAUGGCAUUGGGUGUGAUGGUUAUGCGUCGUGGUAAGUUGUUGCUUGGCAAUGCGUCAGGCCCUCACCAAGUUGUCUUGGUAAAAGCUUUACGCCUAUACUAUGCGCUUAUAGGUGUCGUCACGCUGGUGUAUCUCCUCUCAUGGGUUGUUCAGUUUACUUCACGAACUACACGCGGAAUUGCGUACCCGUGGUUUUACAUCUUUACGGUGUGGUUGCCAUGCUCCAUUCCUCCGUGCUGUCUUAUCUUUUUGCAGUGGAACGCUACAGCGCAGUCCCUACGUAAUGCCAAUCGUGAUGCGGCCGGCGACUGCAGUCCACUGUCGGAGUCGGUCUAUGAGGAGAUCCGUACACCAAGCUUCACUUUUAGUACUACGGAUCGAUGGACGGAAGAUUCGCUUGAGAAGGUUAAGGAAAUCAUGGCAGAGCAAGAAGGCACAGCGGAUGCAGUAUCGAGCAGGCAUUCCCUGAGGGCCUCGACGAUCUCGCCUACUGAUGAUUAUGUCGGCCUCUCGAUGGCCCUGGAGAUGAAUGAAGACUUUACUCAUGGUUGCUUUAUUGCCAUACAGCGACUAGAAGGAGGCGAUGGUAAAGAUAGCGCAUCCUCUGCAUGGCGGCAAAUUAGCAACACCGAUACGGUGAUGGCGAGCGUGAAGGAUGUAGUAUCAACCGUGCUGCCCUAUCAGCAGCGAUACCUGUACACGUUCCUGUCAGUGCCACGUAUCCCAGUUGGUACCUCCACAGAGAAGAUUCGCAUGGUUGUGUAUGCGCUUGACUCCGGUCCUGCAUCAUUGAAUCACGAGGAUCAUUCAGAGAUGACUGCUGCUGAAGUUUUGGCUGCUAUGGAGCGUACGCAAAGCAGCCGCGACUUUGAUGAUGACGAUGGCGACAGCCAGCACACAUUGGACUCAUCACUGGUAGAGAUGGAGGCGUUCAGCGGCUUUCAAAGCUCACAGGUUAUUGACGAGCUCUUCGAGAUGGAGUCGUCAGGGUCUGUUGAGGAUGUCGACUCAAGAGGGAGCAGGUCCGGUCUGAAUUUGAGCUCCUUGAUGGUAACGCACAGUAUUAGAGUAGUCGCAGAGUUUAUGGUGUCCACAGGUGCAUUAGCGACAGCAGGCGCGCGCACGGAGCAGACAGUUCUUACCGCCAGUGAAGACUCAUACAAACACUUUGGUCCUAACGCGGCGCCACCGAUGCUACUGGUAAAUACGGUAAUCCCUAAGGCAGCGGGGACAAAGUGCGGCUUUAAUGGUGUCGAGGGUGGUCUGUGUCCAGCGGCGCCGGCGAUUAGCAAGCAGUAUCAUAUUCGUGAAUUAGGAUUAUUGGUCGUAGAAGACCUUACUGAAAGCCGCUUUAGCAACUGGAUCCCGCGGCAAAUUCUGGAGAUCAUUAUCCGGUACCGCACGAAGGAGCUACUAAUUGCCGAGAAUGAUCUUGCACGACUAGAAGCGUAUGAUCGUCAGCGUCAAAAAGGUUCGGACCGCGGCAUCUACGAGAAUUUGAUUCAGCAAAUUCAAGAUGACGGUGACCUCAACCGUUGUCGAGAGUGGAUGCUUCACCGGUGUCACGAACGUAAGGAAUAUGUAGAGCUUCUUCGUCAACUGCGACGUGUGUAUGUGCUCCGCGAUCAACGCAAAAUGUACUUCAAGGCUAGCACGGAAAAGAAGAACGCACAGCUGCGAUUCCUACCGAUCAACUUGCAUCUGCAAGAGAUGUGGGUUGGUAAUGCUGACACUGUGACACAAGUUAGCAUGGGAAGCAGUGGCAUCUCAGAUGCCAGUGCUAGUGCCGCUGUAUACGAUAUCGUAACUGUGGGUGCCAUGGCAGCGCAUGUGUACAAAUUCAAGAAUGGCGGCAUUUUUGGUCUGGAGGAGCAGCAUGCAAAGCUAAAGCCUCGGGUACGAGAACCACAAGGGCCAGCUUAUGUACACCAACAAACACCGCUUUGGACGGAGUACGAGCAGAAGGCCGAUGACUUGGAGUGGGUGCUUGGCAAGCGAAUGGAUGUGUGCUUCCCACAAGCUGUGGCAGCGUUGGUCACUGCGUUUACGCGCAAGAUCGAUUUGGCGUUGCAGCAUGCACGACCGGAGCAGGGUCAGGCUAUGUUGGAACAGCUCAGCCAACUGGGUUUCUUGUUCAACGUAGAGAGUUUGGUAUCGACGCACGGUAACGAGGCGGGUAUGUUGGAAGAUAUGGCCGGUGCUAUCAACGAGUUGCGUAAUGUUCGCUUUGUUUUGGUAAACGAACACGAAGAAGUUGGCGACACGGAUGGGGAAGUCAGCGGUGACAAGUCGCUGCGACUAGUAUCGUACCAUCUCGAGGAGGAAAGCAAGCGCAACAUGUCGUUAUCUGAUCCCUCAGAAGCAAGCAGUAGCUCGUGUGACGAAAAUCGUCUACUAAAUCUGCAGGUGAAGCAGCGCCACUCCAUGCACCUAGAGUCUGCAUCAUCAUCCGACGUGACAAAUUCCAGUAACUCGACCGGUAUUGGUGGCGUGAUCGACGUGGAUGUGUUCACAAGCAUCGAUGCUGCACUCUCGGAGACAAGCUCUUGCAACGCAAGAGAUUCUGAGAGUAGUGGCAGAAGGCCAUCGUCAAGAGAAGAUGCAAUGCCGUCCCAGCCAGCAUCGUUUAGCUGUGUUGGUCAGCGGUUAUUGAGUACGUUCAUUAAGGCCCGCAACCAUCGAUUACUCGGUGGACCUGGUGGUGAUUGGGGGGAUAACGUACACUCGCUUGCUCCAGCAUCUGUGGACAAGUUGUUUCCGUUCACUCAUCUGGUCAUUCGCGUCAAAUUGCGCACGGGAAAAGUCAAGCUGACAAAAGCGCUUCGCCACGGCGGGUCUAUCAGGGUAUGCCCCGUCUUGUUUACACAGGGUAUCAACGAAAAGCAAACAUUGGCGAACAACACAGGGUCCUCAGUGACAAGACUGCAGGAUGUGAUCAACGCCAACAGUCUCAGGACACUUCGUAGCUAUUGUGAUCGCUACUGCAAUUACACAUCCAUGCGUCAGAUGCAAGCAGUUCAAAAAGAGGAGCGACAGCGAGAUCAUUUGACUGCUUCAUCACUCUCGCAACCAGUGCCAGCGCCAAGUACAAGUGCUACGCCGUCCGGUCCGUCCCGUGAAGAAGUAUAUCGCAUCCUUGGCGAGCUAGAUAAGCUGAUCGGUACGGCCGGAAGACAGGCACGAAAGAAACGUCCCGAGAUUUUGCAGCUGAGCUCAGAUUUGUGCCGCCGCAUAUCCGGUGGUCGCGUAACGGUAUGUAAAUCUGCAAAGGAUCGAACAGGAAUGUCAGUCACGCUGGAGCAGGGCCGCAUUCUUGUACAACACCACGGGCUCCGUGAGCACAAGAAAGCAGGGAUUGUGUCAGUCAUGCGAUCGGAGGGUGUGCGUAUUGAGAAUGCCUUGAAGAACACAGGUCGACGUGUAUUUGCUUUCAACGCGUUGCAGCGAUCACUACUUCCCGAGGAGUAUCGCUGUCCACCACAGACAAGCGGUCGCAAUGUGUCGUAA